AUUAAGGUGGUGGGGCUCAGGGGAUAUUUUUUCUUUUUGAUUUCUAAUGUUAUGUACUGGAAGAAAUAUCUACAAGUUUGAUAAAGAUGUUUCCUGCUUUGGGACACACAAGGAUGUAGGGGGGCCAUGGUGAAAACACAGACUGAGAGGUUCGGAUCCUGGCUCUGUGGCGUUCUUGCUGUGUGAUCCUGGGCCAAGUGCUUCCUCCUGGUUUCUUAGUCUAUGAAAGGGUGAUGAUACCAGAAGCCAGGGCUGGACUAGGGGGCUCUAUAAGUAUAAAAGUAUAUAAAAUAGAAGCCUUUUAUGGUUUAUUGUACCAGGAGAGAAGAAAGAAGCAUCCCAGCAGGCUCUGUUUUCCUAAAUCCAUAUAGUUGUUUGGUAUUGGACUUGGUUCUGUUUAAGUAACGUGCCUGUGAUCUGUCUUGCACUUUGACUUUCUAACUUGGGGAGAGGUGUUUUAUGAAUAUUGUUUAAACUAUGCUCUAGCGCCCUCCAUUUGCCCAAAGGUGCCGGAGAGUCAUGCCAGCGAGCCCUGGGCCCCUCCUGAUGUCCCCAGAGGCGUCAGUGCUCCGGAACCCCAAGGUCACCCCGCCGCACUCCAGAGGCCUGCUGGCCCCACCCCAGAGCCCUCUGUGCAGGGCCGCCUCCUCCCAGCCAGUCCUCUCAUAGCCCCAGAGGAGGACCUCAGCCAGGAGCCUCUCUCAGGACUCAGUGGGAGAAAGUUCAUCUUGGCCAAACCAGACGCCCGUCAGCCCACUAUGGGGAUGAUCGGCCCCGGCCAGAGACUGGUUUCCCUUCUCAGCCUACACCACUUCUUGAAAAUUUUCAUAAACCACAAGCCUUUGACUGUGAGUUGUAGAGGGCUCCUCUCCACUCCACCUGCAUCUCCGGGGCCUUCACUCUUCUGCUGCCCUCACUGCCCACCUGCGAUCCAAGCCUUGGCCUUCACACCCACAGAUUCCAGAAUGUGGUGCUUCUGUGUCGUGGGCGUCCCAGGGUCUUGCUGAGCUGACUCAAACCCUUUCCUUCUCUACAGCAAGGAUGGCAGCGCUUAGGCAGCUGGCACUCCUGCUCUGGAAGAACUACACUUUGCAGAAACGGAAGGUCCUGGUGACCGUCUUGGAACUCUUCCUGCCCUUACUGUUCUCUGGGAUCCUGAUUUGGCUUCGCCUGAAGAUCCAGUCAGAGAACGUGCCCAAUGCCACCGUCUACCCCGGCCAGUCCAUCCGGGAACUGCCCCUGUUCUUCAGCUUCCCUCCUCCGGGAGACACCUGGGAGCUGGCCUAUGUCCCAUCCCAGAAUGAUGCUGUGAAGACCAUCACGGAGACGGUGAGGAGGAUGCUGGUGAUCAACAUGAGAGUCCCUGAUCUGAAGGUCCAGCUCUUCCAAGCAGAGCAGACAAUUGGACAUCUCUCGGCCCCCAUGCUCCCCACAGUGCACGGCUUUCCCUCGGAGAAGAACUUUGAGGACUACAUAAAGUAUGACAACCGCUCUUCCAACGUGCUGGCCGCCGUAGUGUUCGAGCACACCUUCAACCACAGCAGGGACCCCCUGCCACUGGCGGUGAAAUAUCACUUACGGUUCAGUUACACACGAAGAAAUUACAUGUGGACCCAAACAGGCUCCUUUUUCCUGAAAGAGACAGAAGGAUGGCACACGACUUCCCUUUUCCCACUUUUCCCAAACCCAGGACCAAGGGAGCCCACGUCUGCUGAUGGUGGAGAACCUGGGUACAUCCGAGAGGGCUUCCUGGCUGUGCAGCACGCUGUGGACAGAGCCAUCAUGCAGUACCACGCAAACGCCUCCACGCGCCAGCUGUUCGAGAAGCUCACCGUGAUCGCCAAGAGGUUCCCCUACCCGCCUUUCAUCUCAGAUCCCUUCCUGGUCGCCAUCCAGUACCAGCUUCCCCUGCUGCUCAUGCUGAGCUUCACUUACACCUCGCUCACCAUUAUCCGGGCUGUCGUGCAGGAGAAGGAGAGGAAACUGAAGGAGUACAUGCGCAUGAUGGGGCUCAGCGGCUGGCUGCACUGGACCGCCUGGUUCCUCCUCUUCUUCCUCUUCCUCCUCAUCGUUGUCUCCUUCAUGACCCUGCUCUUCUGUGUCAAGGUGAAGAAGGACGUGGCGGUGCUGGCGCACAGUGACCCCUCGCUGGUGCUGGUCUUCCUGGCAUGCUUUGCCAUCUCCUCCAUCUCCUUCAGCUUCAUGGUCAGCACCUUCUUCAGCAAAGCCAACAUGGCAGCAGCCAUUGGCGGCUUCCUCUACUUCUUCACCUACAUCCCGUACUUUUUCGUGGCUCCUCGGUACAACUGGAUGACCCUGAGCCAGAAGCUCUUCUCCUGCCUCCUGUCUAACGUUGCCAUGGCGAUGGGAGCCCAGCUCAUAGGAAAGUUCGAAGCGAAAGGCACAGGCAUCCAGUGGCAAGACCUCCUGAGUCCUGUCAACGUGGACGACGACUUCUCCUUUGGCCAAGUGCUGGGCAUGCUGCUGCUGGACUCUGUCCUCUAUGGCCUGGUCACCUGGUACGUGGAGGCCGUCCUCCCUGGGCAGUUCGGCGUGGCCCAGCCCUGGUACUUCUUCAUCAUGCCCUCGUAUUGGUGCGGGCACCCGAGGACAGUCUUAGGGAAGGAGGAGGAAGACGAUGACCCUGAGAAGGCGCUCAGGACAGAGUACUUUGAGGCUGAGCCAGAGGACUUGGUAGCUGGGAUCAAGAUCAAGCAUGUGUCCAAGGUGUUCAGAGUGGGGAACAAGGGCAAGACAGCUGUCAGAGACCUGAACCUGAACCUGUACGAGGGGCAGAUCACCGUCCUGCUGGGCCACAAUGGCGCAGGGAAGACCACCACCCUCUCCAUGCUCACCGGUCUCUUUCCCCCGACCAGUGGACGGGCGUAUAUCAGUGGGUAUGAAAUCUCCCAGGACAUGGCUCAGAUCCGGAAGAGCUUGGGCCUGUGCCCACAGCAUGACGUCUUGUUUGACAACCUGACGGUCGCAGAGCACCUGUAUUUCUACGCUCAGCUGAAAGGCUUGUCGCGCCAGAAGUGCCCUGAGGAAGUCAAACGCAUGCUGCACAUCCUCAGUCUGGAGGACAAGCGGGACUCCCGGAGCAGGUUCCUGAGCGGGGGGAUGAGGCGCAAGCUCUCCAUCGGCAUCGCCCUCAUAGCGGGCUCCAAGGUGCUGAUGCUGGACGAGCCCACCUCAGGCAUGGACGCCAUCUCCAGGAGGGCCAUCUGGGACCUUCUUCAGCAGCACAAGAGUGACCGCACCAUCCUGCUGACCACCCACUUCAUGGAUGAGGCCGAUCUGCUGGGGGACCGCAUCGCCAUCAUGGCCAAGGGGGAGCUGCAGUGCUGCGGGUCAUCGCUGUUCCUCAAACAGAAAUACGGCGCCGGCUACCACAUGACGCUGGUGAAGGAGCCUCACUGCAACCCCGAGGGCAUCUCCCGGCUGGUCCACCACCACAUCCCCAAUGCCACCCUGGAGAGCAGUGCUGGAGCAGAGCUGUCAUUCAUUCUUCCCAAGGAGAGCACGCACAGGUUUGAAAGUCUUUUUGCUAAACUGGAGAAGAAGCAGAAGGAGCUGGGCAUCGCCAGCUUCGGGGCCUCCGUCACCACCAUGGAGGAAGUCUUCCUCCGGGUUGGUAAGCUGGUAGACACCAGCAUGGACAUCCAGGCCAUCCAGCUCCCUGCCCUGCAGUACCAGCACGAGCGGCGGGCGAGUGACUGGGCUGUGGAUAGCCACCUCUGCGGGACAAUGGACCCGACAGACGGCGUCGGCGCCCUGAUUGAGGAGUGCACCGCCGUCAAGCUCAACACGGGGCUCGCCCUCCACUGCCAGCAGUUCUGGGCCAUGUUACUGAAGAAAGCCACAUAUAGCUGGCGGGAGUGGAAGAUGGUGGCGGCCCAGGUCCUGGUCCCUCUGACGUGCAUCACCCUGGCCCUCCUGGCCAUCAACUACUCCUCCGAGAUCUUCGACGACCCCAUCCUGAAGCUGACCCUCGGCGAGUACGGCAGAACCGUCGUGCCCUACUCGGUUCCCGGGACCUCUCGGCUGGAUCAGCAGCUGUCAGAGCAUUUGAAGGACAUGCUGCAGGCUGAGGGCCAGGAGCCUCGAGAGGUGCUGGGUGACCUGGAGGAGUUCCUGAUUUUCAGGGCCUCGGUGGAAGGGGGCGGCUUUAACGAGCGGUGCCUGGUGGCAGCAUCCUUCAGAGACGUGGGCGAGCACACGGUCGUCACCACCCUGUUCAACAACCAGGCAUACCACUCCCCGGCCACUGCACUGGCCAUUGUGGACAACCUUCUGUUCAAGCUGCUGUGCGGCCCUCGGGCCUCCAUCACCGUCUCCAACUACCCCCAGCCCCGGAGCACCCUGCAGGCUGCCAAGGACCAAUUCAAUGAGGGCCGGAAGGGAUUCGACAUUGCCCUCAACUUGCUCUUCGCCAUGGCCUUCCUGGCCAGCACAUUUUCCAUCCUGGCAGUCAGCGAAAGGGCCAUCCAGGCCAAGCACGUGCAGCUUGUGAGCGGAGUCCAUGUGGCUACUUUCUGGCUCUCGGCUCUGCUGUGGGACCUCAUGUCCUUCCUUGUGCCCAGUCUUCUGCUGCUGGUGGUGUUCAAAGCCUUUGACGUGCACGCCUUCACACGGGACGGCCACGAGGCCGACACCCUGCUGCUGCUCACACUCUACGGUUGGGCCAUCAUCCCCCUCAUGUACCUGAUGAGCUUCUUUUUCUCGGGGGCGGCUACUGCCUAUACGAGGCUGACCAUAUUCAACAUCUUGUCGGGCAUCGCCACCUUUCUUGUGGUCACCAUCAUGCGCAUCCCAGCGGUAAAGUUAGAAGAACUUUCCAGAACUCUGGACCACGUGUUCCUGGUGCUGCCCAACCACUGUUUGGGGAUGGCGGUCAGCAGCUUCUACGAGAACUACGAGACAAGGAGGUACUGCACCUCCUCCGAGGUGGCGGCCCACUACUGCAAGAAAUACAACAUCCAGUACCAGGAGAACUUCUACGCGUGGAGCACCCCGGGGGUCGGCAGGUUCGUGACUUCUAUGGCCGCCUCUGGCUUUGCCUACCUCAUCCUGCUCUUCCUCAUUGAGACCGACCUGCUGUGGAGGCUAAAGACCUGCCUGUGUGCCUUCCGGAGGAGGCAGGCCCUGACAGAAGUGUACACCCAGACAGCAGCGCUUCCUGAAGACCAGGACGUGGCAGACGAGAGGAACCGAAUCCUGGCCCCGAGCCUGGACUCCCUGCUUGACACGCCUCUGAUUAUCAAGGAGCUUUCCAAGGUAUACGAGCAGCGGGUGCCCCUUCUCGCCGUGGACAAGAUCUCCCUCGCAGUCCAGAAAGGGGAGUGCUUUGGCUUGCUGGGUUUCAAUGGAGCUGGGAAAACCACAACUUUCAAAAUGCUGACCGGGGAAGAGACCAUCACUUCUGGGGAUGCCUUUGUUGGGGGCUCCAGCAUCAGCUCUGACAUCGGGAAGGUGCGGCAGCAGAUCGGCUACUGCCCCCAGUUUGAUGCCCUGCUGGACCACAUGACGGGCCGGGAGACACUGGUCAUGUAUGCCCGGCUCCGGGGCAUCCCUGAGCGUCACAUCGGUGCCUGCGUGGAGAACACGCUGCGGGGCCUGCUACUAGAGCCACAUGCCAACAAGCUAGUCAGGACGUACAGCGGCGGCAACAAGCGGAAGCUGAGUGCUGGCAUCGCCCUGCUUGGAGAGCCUGCGGUCAUCUUCCUGGACGAGCCGUCCACUGGCAUGGACCCCGUGGCCCGGCGCCUGCUCUGGGAUACCGUGGCAAGAGCCCGAGAGUCUGGCAAGGCCAUCAUCAUCACCUCCCACAGCAUGGAGGAGUGUGAGGCCUUGUGCACCCGGCUGGCCAUCAUGGUGCAGGGUCAGUUCAAGUGCCUAGGCAGCCCCCAGCACCUCAAGAGCAAGUUUGGUAGCGGCUACUCCCUACGGGCCAAGAUCCGGAGCGAUGGGCAGCAGGAGGCCCUGGAGGAGUUCAAGGCAUUCGUGGACCUGACCUUCCCAGGCAGCGUCCUGGAAGAUGAGCACCAAGGGAUGGUCCAUUACCACCUGCCUGGCGAUGACCUCAGCUGGGCGAAGGUGUUUGGUGUUCUAGAGAAGGCCAAGGAGAAGUACGAUGUGGACGACUACUCUGUGAGCCAGAUCUCGCUGGAGCAAGUCUUCCUGAGCUUCGCUCAUCUGCAGCCGCUCAGCGAGGAUGAGGGGCCGUGAGGAGCCAGGCACACAGGUGGGCGUCCUCUCCCUGUGAGUUCACCUUAUCCUGCACCCUCAAUUUUGAUCACUGUUUUCUAUGAUGGAUUUGAGAAUCAAGGCACAGUAUGGACCGGGUGUACCGGUGCCCUCACACUGGGAAUCAGCAUGUGAACAUCCAUGUCUCAGGCAGUCGCCGAAGCCCACUCUCCAGAACUCCAGAUCCCAACCAAGAGCAGAUCCGGCAGUCUGUGCGGGCAAGUCAGGGGGUCUUUGGGCGGAAAGCCAUCCAGGAAGAGGCCUCACUGACCUGAGGAGAGCACCCAGAGACACCCCCAUGUUCACACCUGGCUCAGAGCUCCCCUGGGAUGAAACAGGAAGCCAGCAAGACAGAUGGCACCUGGCUCACUAGGCUGCCCAGAAGGAACAGAAAGUCACCUGUCGCCAUCCUCAGGGGACAUGUGGCUGGAUCAGGCGCUGAGGUCUUGGCUUCCAGUUCAGCGGGGUGUCCUGGGAGUCCCUGCUCCUCAGAGCGUGGACGCUGCCCCGGACAGAGUGGACCCUGCACUGGGCAUCAUCCCACCAGCGUCUUCCAGAGGCGGCCGGCGAGGGGAGGGGGACAAUCCUCCGUUCCCUGAGAAGCCAGGGUCCGGGAGGCCAGUUGGGAACCACUGCCGGGCUGAGCGGCCAUCCAUGAAGGAUGUACCUGAUGCGUGGUAACUGUCUGGAAAAUAAAGGUUGGGAGGGAA